AUGCACUACCAUGCCUAUUAUGUGGCAGUAUUGGAUCAAGCAUUAUCAGUGGUCCUGGAUCUGAAAGAUUGGACAGCCUACCCACAUGGAGCAGAAACAGAUUCAGCCAACUCGCAGUAUUUUGCGAUUAUUCCCGAGACGGAUGAAGCUGUGGCCCCCGAUGGUGAUGCGUGCGAGACGUUAAUCCAGAAUAUGCAGGCGCAUUGGCGCAGCGUGCAGGAGGCCGCGGAUCGGAAGAUCCAGGCUGGCCAGGUCGACGAGGCCAACCCGUGGUUACGGCGAACCGAGUGGGUGAAGUAUUUGGGGGAGUUCGACAUCCCCGAUUUGAUAUAG